ACCCACUGUGCUCCUUCUACUUCUCUCCAGCAGGGAGUUCACCAUGGUCAAUGAGAAUCAACAUACCUGCAGUGCCAGCUCCAGCUCCAAGUCUGAUGGUGGCAGCAGUAGCGGGAGUGAGAGUUCCAAGGAGAGCUCACGCUGCUCCACUCCUGUCCUUGAUGCCGAACGUCAUGAGCGACUACGGGAAAAGAUGCGUCGACGGCAGGACUCUGGAGACAAGUGGUUCUCCUUGGAGUUCUUCCCUCCCCGCACAGCUAGUGGUGCUGUCAAUCUCAUCUCCAGGUUCGAUCGCAUGGGAGCAGGCGGUCCCCUCUUCAUUGAUGUGACGUGGCACCCCGCAGGUGACCCGGGGUCUGAUAAAGAGACCUCUUCCAUGAUCAUUGCUAGCACUGCAGUCAACUACUGUGGCCUGGAGACAAUCCUCCACAUGACGUGCUGCAACCAGACCAAGGACGAGAUCACAGGGCAUCUGCAGAAGGCCAAGCGGCUGGGGCUGAAGAACAUCAUGGCCCUGCGUGGAGACCCUGUUGGUGAGGAAUGGCAGGAAGAGGUAGAAGGAUUCAACUAUGCUGUUGAUCUGGUGAAGCACAUCCGCAAUGAGUUUGAUGAUUACUUUGACAUCUGCGUGGCAGGCUACCCAAAGGGUCAUCCUGAAGCAGAAAACUACGAGGCAGACCAGAGGCACCUGAAGGAGAAAGUCCUUGCUGGGGCAGACUUUAUCAUCACGCAGCUCUUCUUUCGAUCGGAAACUUUUCUCAAGUUCAUGAAGGACUGUCAAGCCAUUGGCAUCACCUGCCCCAUUGUCCCUGGCAUCUUUCCUAUACAGGGUUACCACUCUCUGCGCCAGCUGGUGAGGCUUUCCAAGCUGGAAGUGCCUCAAGAAAUCAAAGAUGUGAUUGAACCCAUCAAGGACAACGAUGCAGCUAUCCGAAAUUAUGGGGUGGAGCUGGCAGUGUCCAUGUGCCGGGAGUUAUUGGACAGUGGCAUGGUCCAUGGGCUCCACUUUUACACCCUCAAUCGGGAAGUGGCCACUAUUGAAGUGCUUAAACGCCUAGGCAUGUGGAAAGAGGACCCUAGGCGGCCUCUGCCCUGGGCAGUCAGUGCUCACCCCAAAAGAAGAGUUGAAGAUGUUCGGCCAAUAUUCUGGUCCUCUAGGCCAAAGAGUUACAUCUAUCGAACUCAAGAGUGGGAUGAUUUUCCCAAUGGCCGAUGGGGUAACUCCUCCUCUCCAGCCUUUGGAGAACUGAAGGACUAUUAUCUCUUCUACUUGAAGAGUAAGUCUCCCCGGGAGGAGCUCCUGAAGAUGUGGGGAGAAGAGCUGACCAGUGAAGAGAGUGUCUUUGAAGUGUUCACGUGUUACAUCACUGGAGAGCCCAACAAAAACGGACAUAGGGUGACGUGUAUGCCUUGGAAUGAUGACCCUCUUGCUACUGAGACCAACCUUCUGAAGGAGCAGCUAGAGAAAGUCAACAGACGAGGAAUCUUGACCAUAAACUCCCAGCCAAACAUCAAUGGCAAACCAUCCACGGACCCCAUUGUAGGCUGGGGGCCCAGUGGGGGUUAUGUCUUCCAAAAGGCAUACCUAGAGUUCUUCACCUCCAGUGAAAUCGUCACAGCCCUGCUCAAAGCGCUGAAGAAGUAUGAGACGCGGGUGAACUACCACAUUGUCAACGUCAAGGGCCAGAAUAUCACCAAUGCUCCUGAGCUGCAACCCAAUGCUGUCACUUGGGGCAUUUUUCCAGGCAGAGAGAUCAUCCAGCCCACUGUGGUGGAUCCUGUAAGCUUCCUCUUCUGGAAGGAUGAGGCUUUUGCACUGUGGAUUGAGCAAUGGGCUAAGCUCUAUGAAGAGGAGUCACCUUCUCGMAUGAUCAUCCAGUACAUCCAUGACAACUACUACUUGGUCAAUUUGGUGGACAAUGACUUCCCCCUUGAAAACUGCCUCUGGCAGGUUGUGGAUGACACUUUUAAGCUGUUGAAUUCUCCAAAAGAGCAGUGAAAAUUCCUCCUGCUUUCCUUUAUCUCCUCCUUCCAGCCACUGACUGCAAGGAGAGAAAAAAAGCAGCUCCUCUCAGGAUCAAAGUGGACCACGCACUCCUAAAGUCCACCUCYGCACAGAGCCAAGUUAGCUCUCUAAUCUGUCUACACUACAUGCUUUUCUGUCCUUAGUACAAAGGCUCCCUGAUCCCUUUUCACUGAACAGCAGCCAGAACCAUCUGAACCUCUGAGUUGAGAAUCUAGGCUGAGCUUGAAGGCCAGCAGGGUGAAGAGGGGCUAAUCAUUGCUGUGUUGAUUAGAGGUGUAGGAGAACCCUUGCAUACAGAUAUGAUGAUGUUCAGGGGCCUAUUGGUCAUCCUGUCAUUCCAGAAAUGCUGCUGCACGACCAAAACCACUCCUAUUAGCAGUGCCUAUGCAAGGAGCCUAUUGCACUGAACCGAUCCUAAAAUGAAGUUCAAGCUACUCUUUCAGUGCACUCCUAAGAUCAGUUGGGAUCAAAUAGAUCCUAUCAGGCUCUUUCAUACUCACUCCCGAAGACUUUUUUUCCAUGUUUGUCCCUUAUUACUGUAUUUCCUGUUUGUCUUUUGCUAGGAAUAUGUGAAUUUCACUUAUGUCUGCAAAUGAGU